AUGGGCGAUGAUCAGAACCGGGCGAAGCUUUUGUUAGCUCGACAGUUGGCCGACUUGCAAAAGACUGCUAAUGAUGGAUUUAGCGCGGGGUUGAUUGGCGAUGAUAUCUUUCGUUGGGAAGUGAUCAUUAUUGGACCUCCUGAGACAGCCUAUGAAGGUGGAUAUUUCAAAGCUCGACUCACAUUCCCAAAAGACUACCCAAUGAAGCCGCCGAAGCUUACCUUCAUUUCAAAAAUGUGGCACCCGAACGUCCACAGCAACGGGGACGUCUGCAUUUCGAUCCUUCACGAUCCUGGAGAUGAUAAAUACGGCUAUGAAAAAGCGAGCGAGAGAUGGCUACCCAUCCAUACUGUUGAGACAAUCCUGAUCUCCGUCAUUUCGAUGCUUGCUGAUCCCAACGACGAGUCCCCAGCCAACAUCGACGCUGCCAAGAUGUGGCGCGAGUCAAAGAAGGAAUUCACCAAGCGGGUGGCACAAACCGUCCGCCGUAGUCAAGAAGAGCUCUGA